AAUGCUUCAAAAAUCAGUGUUUUCAUGAAACUCCCCAUUUGCUCUUGUUUAGUUAAGCUGGGAAAAAAGUGUUUAGAUCUACAACUUCAAAAUGGUUAUCGCAGCCGUGGGGCAGUUAUGUGCAACUGCGAGCAUGUCAGCAAACCUCGUACAGUGUCGAAUACUGGUACAAAAGGCUGUCUCAGCUGGUGCUAAGGCUUUAUUUCUUCCCGAGGCUUCGGACUAUAUCAGCUCCUCCGCAGCGGAAUCAUUAUCCCUUGUACGCUCCGUGCAGGAGAGCGAAUUUGUAUUGGGCCUUCAAAAUGAGGCCCGACAGUCAAAGUUACAUAUCAAUGUCGGAAUCCAUGAGCCAACUCCGGGAGGCAAGAAGGUGAAGAAUACCCUGAUAUGGAUUGAUGAGAAUGGGGACAUCGCACAGCGUUAUCAAAAGAUUCACCUAUUCGAUGUAGAAAUCAAGGGUGGGCCAGUACUCAAAGAGAGCGAGAGUGUUGAGAAAGGAAUGGAAAUAUUGCCCCCCUUCGAUACUCCUGUAGGUCGCGUAGGCCUCGCUAUAUGUUUUGAUUUACGCUUUCCUGAAAUCAGUCUGGCUUUAAGACGUCAGAAUGUGCAGAUAAUCACAUAUCCAUCUGCAUUUACUGUUCCAACAGGAAAGGCUCAUUGGGAAUCAUUGCUUCGUGCAAGAGCUAUUGAGACACAGUCGUAUGUGAUUGCUGCAGCGCAGGCUGGCCCUCACAAUGAGAAAAGAACAAGCUAUGGCCAUUCGAUGAUUGUCAAUCCAUGGGGAGAAGUUGUGGCGCAGCUUCAUGAUGAGUAUAAGGGACCACAGAUUGCGACUGCGGUUAUCGAUUUUGAUCUUCUAAAUAAGGUCAGGAGCGAAAUGCCUCUGCUCAGGCGGACAGACAUAUAUCCCGUUGUGUAA